AUGAAGUCAGUGAGGGAAAUCAUAGAUGAUAUUCAACAGAAUAUGACCGUGGAGACUGAGCAUGUGACGAGGAAACUAUCAACUUCAUGUGACCCAUGGUUAAGGAGUGGCUCACAGACAAACACCCAAUUGUGUUGUUUUCCUCAGACAGCACUAAACCAGCAAGAGCCCACCCGUCAGAUUGCACAGGCCAGCUCCCUUUUGGAUGAAUUCAAACAGUUCAUAAUGCACAGUAUUCAGACAGUGGAGACUCAAGUUCCUGUUCUUAAAGAGAGUUUCUUCACCAGCACCUUCAAAGGCAGGAGGAAGAGCAGUGUCACCCACAUCCUGCAUAAACAGAACAUAAACUCACUUUUUAAUCAACAACAGUGCAUUCUAGAGAAUCAACAGCAGAGCCCUAAGCAGUUUCAUCCCAGUAGGAUUGAAAAUGGAGCCGGACAGCAAACUCCAGAGCGCCAGCGGCUUGCUCGCUCUAUCAGCAUCCCGUUAUGCAAGACGGCCGAGUCUGCGCAAGCAGAUGGGAACAGGAAGGAGGGGCCAAACGAGAGAGAGGAUCAGAGGAUGAGUGAGGCUGUGCAAGGGAGGAGGGGAGAGCCCGUAACUGUCAGUGCCAGUCUCCUCCUCCUUUCAUCAUCAGCAUCAGCAGUGCUGGGGGAGCCAGCAUCAUCCUCACGGCUGCUUUCAACUGUGCAGAGCAGACGGCAGGGACUAGCUAGCUCCAAGAGAGCUUUGUCCAACCAGGAACCAGCAGCAGCUCAGGAGGAAACCCAGACGUUUCAGUCUCGAUCCCACCAGCAUGGCCUUAUAGCCAAGGGUGUUCGCCUACUUAGGAGCAUGGGGAACCAGGAAACCAAGCAGAAGAAAGGAGGUGGAAAUGUUGGAGUAGCAGGGGAUGUUUUCUGUCAGGAUGAGGCUGAAGAAAGAGAAGUGGAUAAACAAUCUAAAAAGUCCAGUAACAAGAUGGGUAAAAAAGGAGAACAUAGUAAGAAGAAAUUAAAGGCAGAAUCGAAAGGUUCUGUGUUUUCUGGCAUGAAAAUAAGGAAAAGUUUAUCCAAAGUGAAAGGUUUGUCUAAGGAUGGUAUGUUGGAAGAUGGAAGAUCAGCACAUGUUGACAAGGAUGAGUCCAAGCCUGGCACAGAGGCAAGCCUGUCCCCUGAUGAGAUGCUAUCAGAUUUUGAAGGGGAUCUAAGUAAUUUGAAUACAGAAAGUUGCCAGUCCAUGGAGGACUUUGUCAGAAAAACGAGCUCUGGAUCUGAUGCUGACUUGUACAGUUUCCACUCGGCAGCAGAGACUGCCGAUCUUCUUUCUGACAUCCAGCAAGCCAUUCAGGACCAAGGUAUAGCCAGUGACAAGAUACUAGAAAUGGUGCCAAAAUCUUUAUCUGAAGGGCUGACCUCUGAGGUGAGUGAAGUUCCUAAGACAGUACUAUCUCUCAAGUUAUUUAAUCAAGAUAAGGGGAUAUUAUCUCCAUCUGCUGGUAAUGUUGAUAGAAAACAAGAGAAUGAAACGAUUGACUUGACUAUAUCAAGAAAGUCAUCCAGUGAGAGUGGUCCACCAUCUUCUACUAUGGACACAGAAAGAAGCAUUGGCAGCAUGUUUCCAAGAACAAACAGCACGUACAGCUUUCAGGACACGACUGCCACCAGUACUUCAUAUGAGAGUGCUGAAGAGCCCCAGGAUGAACUGGACAGUCCAGAUCAGCGUCCACAAAGUCAACAUAAUUGUGUAACACAAGUCACAAAGCCAUGUGUGCCAUCUGUCCAUUUGGAUCUUGUUCUGACAAGGACACCAACUAGGACACCCAAGAGGACAAAUAGUAUGGACUUUUCUAUAGAGAGGGAUGAAUACGACAGUGUGAAACAUGAUUUCCGGUCCCUUACACGAAGAAAGAGUAGCAUGUCAAUCAGCUAUUUGACAGCAGACAAUCCAGAUGCUUCCCUGCCUAGAAGACCAUCUGCCAGCUCCCCCUCCACUGUCAAACUCUACCCUCCAGUCCAUCCUUCUUACGUUAAAACCACAACUAGGCAACUCACCUCUCCAGUUGGUUCCCCGCUUACAAGCCCCAAUGUUCUAAGGAAAACGGAUGCCAUCAGUGAUGCUUUGGAGUCCAGUAAAACUGAAGAGACUGGAAAGCGGAAGCAGAGGUCUUCGUCUAUUGGUGGACUUUCUGCAGACCUAGAAGUGCAGGAAAAAGCCCACACUGGUGUGGCUAAAGUCCCAGGGCAAGAUACCUUAGAGAAGAGUUUCACAGGUGGGACUUAUUGGACACUGGGUUCCAAGAGAGCUCAUGGAAGGAAGGCUUCCACUUCAACAGGAGCCUAUCUGGAUGUAUUCAAUGGUCGCACUCUGUUAGACAGGCUUUGUCUGGGUCGUGGUGAUGGGUCUGCAGAGGAGGAGGCAAAGGAACUGUGUCACCGAAUGCUGAGCCAUGGUCUGCUGCACCCGUUCAGUGACAGCACUACCGAACAUCACAGUGACGGGACCGUCUCAGCCAUCUUCAGUGAAGAGCAGCUGUACACCUGGGCGUGUGUAGGCCUCCCAGUAUCCUCCCACCUGUGGGAACUCUAUGGGGGCCGCUCAACAGCUAGAGGUUUAAGAUCACCUCUGCAUCGAUCUUCAAAGCCACCUGGCGAGCUGCACUUUCAGACAAAAUCCAUUUGGCUGAAGGCCGGGCAGUCAUCCUCAGAGGAUGAAAGUUGUCUGAUCCCUCAGCUGGAGAAGACAGUCGAUGACUUGCGGAGUAAGAUCGCUGUGUUAGAAGGCCAGCAGCAUUCUUUGGCAAAGAGGAGUGAGGACAACAUGGGAGCUCUUGGCAAUGCCCCUCACAAAACUUCCCAGAUGAGGGGUGAAAGACUGGAAAAGAUGCACCAAGAGGUGUCCGUUCAAACUUCACCUGUAGAGGAGGGGGUUAGAUUUAACACGCAUUUGAAUGAAGGAUCUGGCCACAUCGUUUCAUCUGCCACCUCCAAAUCUGCAGAGAACUUUGUAUGCACCUGCAAACAAAAGCAGCUGGGCAGCACCCUUCCAUGUCCUCCACCUCCCCCAUCUUUAAGCUUACAGGGUAUGCCUUCACUUCCUCCUUUACCAUCGGGAAGUGUUGCUCCACCACCACCACCACCACCACCUCCUCCUCCCUUACCUGGUGUACAACCUUGUCCGCCACCACCUCCACCACCUCCAAGCUUUGGGCCUCCACCUCCUCCCCCAUUGGGUGUUGGACCUCCACCCCCACCUCCUCCACCAGGAAUGGGCCCCCCUCCUCCACCCCCACCUCUAGGUUUUGGCUCUUUGCCUCCAGGUUCAAUUUCUUCAAUGGUGGUUCAGGAAGCUGCUCCUGCCAAACCUGUGAUGGAGCCCCCCAAGCCAAUGAAGCCACUCUACUGGACCCGCAUACAGCUGCACGCAAAAAAAAACACUGGACCACUAGUGUGGCAAAAAAUUGAAGAACCAACAAUUAAUUUUGAAGAAUUUGUGGAUCUGUUCUCUAAAAAUGCUGUUAAAGAAAAGAAGAAACCAAUUUCAGACACGAUCAGCAAGUCAAAGACCAAACAGGUGGUGAAACUGCUGAGCAACAAGCGUUCACAGGCUGUUGGUAUCCUGAUGUCCAGCAUUCAUCUCGACAUGAAGGAUAUCCAGAACGCUGUCCUAAAUAUGGACAACACUGUUGUCGAUCUGGAGACUCUGCAUGCCCUUUAUGAAAAUAGAGCCCAAGAUGAUGAGAUAGGAAGCAUUAAGAAGCACAUUCAAUCGGCCCAAGACAAGGAUGAUGCCAAACCCCUUGACAAGCCAGAACAGUUCCUGUACCAGUUGUCGCAAAUCUCCAAUUUCUCGGAGCGGGUGUUUUGCAUCCUGUUUCAAUCAACCUUCUACGAGUGCAUCACCUUAAUCGUGCGCAAAAUGGAAAUCCUACAGAGAGUGUACAAGACUCUCCAAAGUAGUGAGAGCGUAUUGCAGGUGCUCGGCCUCGUGCUGGCUUUUGGCAACUUCAUGAACGGAGGUAAUCGGUCUCGAGGGCAGGCUGAUGGCUUCACCUUGGACAUUCUGCCAAAACUAAAGGAUGUUAAAAGCAGCGAUAGCUCCACGAGUCUCUUGUCCUACAUUGUUGCUUACUAUUUAAGGCACUUUGAUGAGGAUGCUGGCAGAGAGACGUGUGUCUACCCUCUGCCUGAGCCCCAGGACCUUUUUCAAGCUUCCCAAAUGAAGUUUGAGGACUUUCAAAGAGAUCUGCGCAAGUUGAGAAAGGAUCUAAAUGCGUGCUUAGCUGAAACAGAAAAAGUGUACAAGUUGUCCUCUGAAGAAAACCUGCAACCCUUCAAAGAUAAAAUGACUACAUUUCUAGAUCAAGCAAAAUCUGAGCUUGAGAAGCAGGAGAAGCAGCUGACGGACACACAGCAAAUCUUUUUGGAGUUGAGUGUGUCCUUCUCGGUCAAACCCAAGGCAGGGGAGAAAGAAGUCUCUCCCAACACAUUCUUCUCCGUUUGGCACGAGUUUUCUACGGAUUUCAAAGAACAGUGGAAGAGGCAUAAUAAGCUGCUGUUACAGGAACGGGUAAAAAUGGCUGAAGAGUGCUUCAAGCAAGCCAGACAGAAGGGUACUUACAACGUGACGACCAAAAAUGCCACAGGAAUUAAAGCAAAGCUGGGUAAGAAGAUGUGAAGCAGAA